AUGACGUUUUCCGCCAACGAGCCCACCCUCCUCCUCUUGUUGAUCGGCGUUGUUACUGUGGCUAUAUUCGCCGCUCGCAAGAUGUUCGGUCAUGACCCUCGCGAACCUCCGCUGGCUCCGCAGUCAAUCCCAAUGGUUGGCCAUAUGAUCGGGCUUUCUCGUUCAUCUUUCAAUUACCAUGUCGAUCUAAGUCAGCAAACAAAGUCCCCGAUCUUCACCUUAUCGCUCCCGGGCCAGAAGAUGUACGUGGUGACGAAGCCUGAGCUUAUCCAGACAGUACAGAAACAGCACAGGACCCUUGCGUUCCCGCCUAUCGAGGCCAAGUUCGCGUCCACGGUCUGCGGGGCGAGUCAUGAAGCCCAGGAAAUCUUGGCUAAGAACGUCAAUGGCGACGAGGGCGACCUUGGUCUCUGA